AUGAAAUCCGUCAUGCAUUCGUUCUUGAAAUCAGCAAACAAGCAUCAACGACUUUUGGGAAACCACUCAACAAUGCUGAUGCUAGGAAGCAGUAAUCAACGAUUUUCUCAGAGAGCUGCAUUUUCAACACAUAUGGGUCAGCAGUACGAAAUUAAAAAGUUAAGCAGUGAUGAUAUUAUGAAAUUAGAGAACGAUUAUUCUGCACACAAUUAUCAUCCAUUGAAAGUAGUCUUUGAACGUGCUCAAGGAGUGGUGGUCUACGAUCCAGAAGGACGUAAAUAUUAUGAUUUUCUCUCUGCAUAUAGUGCAGUCAAUCAAGGACAUUGCCACCCCAAAAUUAUCGAGACUUUGAAAUCACAAGCAGAAAAAGUAACGCUCUCAUCUCGUGCCUUCUACAACAAUGUGUUCGGACAAUGGGCUCAAUACGUUACCAGAUUAUUUGGAUUUGAAAAAGUGUUGCCAAUGAACACUGGAGCUGAAGCAGUUGAAACAGCAUUAAAAGCUGCCAGAAAGUGGGGCUAUGAAGUCAAGGGUAUUCCCGAUAAUGAAGCCAUCAUUAUUGCAUGCUCUGGUAAUUUCCAUGGAAGAACCAUUGGUGUCAUUAGUUUUAGUGAUAGUGAUGAAACAAGAGAUGGAUUUGGACCUUUCUUGCCAGGAGUUUUAACUGCAAAAUAUGAUGAUGUGGAUUCAUUGAGAGAGCUUUUGGAAAAGUUUGGAAAGAAUGUUGCUGGUUUCUUGUUUGAACCCAUUCAAGGUGAGGCUGGAGUUCGAGUUCCAAGCGACAAGUAUCUGAGCGAAGUUUACAAGCUUUGUAAGGAGCAUAAUGUUUUGAUGAUUUGUGAUGAAAUUCAAACAGGUUUGGGAAGAACUGGUAAAAUGCUUUGUUAUGAGCAUUCAUUGGAUAAAUCUAAGGGUGAAAAACCAGAUAUUUUGAUUUUGGGAAAGGCGUUGUCAGGAGGAGUAUUUCCUGUUUCAUGCAUUUUGGCUGACAAGAAAGUGAUGGAUGUUUUUGAACCAGGUACUCACGGAAGUACAUAUGGUGGAAAUCCACUUGGUUGUUCUGUAUCAAUGACUGCUCUUGAAGUUUUGCAAAAUGAGAAUAUGAUUGAGAAUGCGGCUAGACUUGGUGAAAUUUUCAGACAAGAAUGUAGAGAGCUUGUUCAUGAGGGAGGAAUUGUUGAUGAAGUGAGAGGAAAAGGUCUUCUCAAUGCUUUUGUGAUGAACCACAGUAGAAUGCAUGGCAAGAACUCGUAUGAUUUGUGUAUGCGUUUGAAAGAGAAUGGCCUUUUAGCAAAACAAACACAUGACAACAUUAUUCGAUUUGCUCCACCACUGGUCAUCACUGAAGAACAAUUGAGAGAAUGUAUUGCAAUUAUUAAGAAAGUUGUGCGAGAUUUCGAGAAGGCACCUCAACCAAAACAACAAUAA